GAGAACAUCAAGAGCAAUGGAAUCAUCCAUGGCGCCCUCUCGUGUCCUCCAUGUGCUGGCGCUCCUCAUCCUCACAGUCGCCAUCGCCAGUGAUGCUGCCACCAUCACCGUCGUGAACAAAUGCUCCUACACGGUGUGGCCAGGCGCGCUUCCGGGCGGCGGCGUGCGCCUCGACCCGGGCAGGUCAUGGACGCUCAACAUGCCGGCCGGCACCGCGGCCGCCAGGGUGUGGCCGCGCACCGGGUGCAGCUUUGACGGCAGCGGCCGCGGCCACUGCAUCACGGGCGACUGCGCCGGUGCGCUGGUGUGCCGUGUCUCCGGCGAGCAGCCCGCCACGCUGGCCGAGUACACCCUGGGGCAGGGCGGAGGGCGGGACUUCUUCGACCUCUCCGUCGUCGACGGGUUCAACGUGCCCAUGAACUUCCAGCCGGUCGGUGGAGCGUCGUGUCGGGGCGCGAGCUGCGCCGCGGACAUCACGAAGCAGUGCCCGCCGGAGCUGCAGGUGGCGGAAGGGUGCGCGAGCGCGUGCGGCAAGUUCGGCGGCGACACCUACUGCUGCAGGGGCCAGUUCACCGACCACUGCCCGGCGACCAACUACUCGAGGUUCUUCAAGGGGAAAUGCCCCGACGCUUACAGCUACGCCAAGGAUGACCAGACCAGCACCUUCACCUGCCCCGCCGGAACAAACUACCAGAUCGUCCUCUGCCCGUAGAUGGAUCAUGAUGAGACCCCAGCCGUACGGGUACGGCCGUUAUAUCGAUCAAUAUACGUAUGAGUAAGUACUACUCGAUGUAGUCUUGUACAACUACUCGUGAGCAUGCAUCGAUCCUUUGUAUGUGGUAUGCCACACAUGUAUGCAAGGCUGGUGCGUGUAUAUAUAUCCACCCAAUGAAAUAAAUGUAUAAUUACGUA